UGCUGGACCUUGGGGAAGCAUGGGGUGCUGGGUUUCUGUGGAGCAACUUGGGGAUCAGAGAAGACCGUGCAGUGGCAACUCUACCAUUCAGUUCAGAAUCAUGGGUUGUGUGCUUUCAUCAAACAGCUAUUUUGAUUUUGAGAACAUGUUUAGCUAAAGAAUUAUAUCCUUGCAUCUGGCUACUUCCAAGUGGGAAUGAACAACCCCAUCAGAAUGUGUUCUGAUGCCUUAGUGAAUCCACUUCCUAGAAAACAGUGAGGGAUCUCCUGCCCGGGAGAGACCAGCACACAUCUCACUGAUGGUGCUUCUAAAAGGCUUUGCCACAGCUACCCUCGAGGCUGAGGAGGGAGAGUCUUUGCAUUACGUUAAUGCACACUCUCGGUUCUUUGAAAUAACUUGUCAAAAAGAACUGCAGGCUGAGGAACAUCGUCAGGCAUCCAGUCUGGCUUUGCGAGUGUGUCUUGGGGAUUGCUGUGGCAAUGACUGGGCAUGGCCAUUCUUCUGAAGGAAACAGGAAGAGACGUCACCGUGUCCUUCAGAAACGACUUUGGAGCUUCCCUGGAUAAAUGUCCGUCCUGUAUUUACACGGUCUGAUGUUAGAGGCCCGUGGAUUGAAGGCCAGAAGAACUGUGAGCAGUCUUUGUCAGGCUGGGAUGCCCAUCCCCCCGAGUCUCCCAGCCCCCUGAGUCUCCCAUUCCCCCAAGUCUCUCAGCCCCCUGAGUCUCUCAGCCCUGAGUCUCCCAGCCCCUGAGUCUCCUGGCCUUUUGACUAUCCCAUCCCUGAGUCUUCCAGCCCCCCGAGUCUCCUGCCCCCCAGGUUUCCCUGGCUCCAAGUCUCCCUAACCCCCCAAGUCUCCCUGUCCCCUGAGUCUUCCCGCCCCCUGAAUCUCCCAUCCCCCGUGUCUCCUGGCUCCCCUGAGGCUCCUGGCCCCCAGUGUACUUUCUUCAGUGUCAGUGUCACCUUUAAGGUCUGAUCUUUCAUUUGCAAAGUCACUGGAAAAUAAAAAAGCCCACAUCUGUAUCUCUGAGCUCAGAAGGACCCAGGGUGCUCUCUGGCCAGUGGGUCUGCAGCACAGCAGGGGCCCUUCCUCAUAUCCCCUGGGGAGAAGCACUUGGGUCAAGUUUGAUUUGCUGUUGCCCAGUAUCACAUCUUACUCAGCAGGAAGCUGCAGAUGGAAUGUGUGAGGAGGGAAAGGUGGAACUCAGCUUCUCUUCCCUUUUUCCCACUAACAGAGGUUACUGCCCCAGCUCCACCAGAGACCUGUGUCCCCCAAGCCUCCCCCAGCAUGUGGCCCGCCCCCUAGCCGCACGUCCAAGGCACUGGGGUCUAUGGGGCCUGUUUAUCGAGUGCUGAGCCGACGUCUGGAAAAGCAUCCUCCUCUGUUUUCCUGUGUUUUUCAAGGUGGGCCAGUGGAGGUCCAGGGGCAGUGCCAGUCACAGGUUUAACUGCAGAAUGCAUCCAAGUGGACUCAUUUCGGGGAAUGAGCCCUUCCUCUCUGGCCUUGGCCCUUCUCUGAGAAAGUGAUUUUGGCAGUUUCUGUCCCACUAGGAAAAUAUUUUCCUGAUGUUGAGAGUGAACUUUGUUCACAUUCCAUACCUUUAGAGCAAUCAUUUUUAAUCAUUUAAAGGGCAGCCCACUAUUUGUUUCUUUACUUAAACCGAAAGUAUCCCUGAAAUUGGAUUGGCAGGGCUAGGGCUCGGGAAGUAGCUUCCCACCCUGGGACCUCCCAUGGGCCAUUGCCCCAACCCUAAAACAAAGAGAUGGAUCCUCCUUCCCACAGCGGUGCUGUGGUGGAAAUCACAGGGUCAUCCAGCAGGAAAUUGCAGUCAGCAUCACACACAACAGCAGGAAGGAGCUGUCGGCAUCACACAAAUGGCAGGAAGGAGCAGUCGGCGUCACACAACAGCAGGAAGGAGCAGCCGGCGUCACACACAACAGCAGGAAGGAGCAGUCGGCAUCACGCACAACAGCAGGAAGGAGCAGUUGGCGUCACACAACAGCAGGAAGGAGCAGCUGGCAUCACACACAACAGCAGGAAGGAGCAGUCGGCGUCACACAACAGCAGGAAGGAGCAGUCGGCAUCACACACAACAGGAGGAAGGAGCAGUCGGCAUCACACGCAACAGCAGGAAGGAGCAGUGGCAUCACACGCAACAGCAGGAAGGAGCAGUCGGCAUCACACGCAACAGCAGGAAGGAGCAGUCGGCAUCACAUGCAACAGCAGGAAGGAGCAGUCGGCGUCACACGCAACAGCAGGAAGGAGCAGUCGGCGUCACACGCAACAGCAGGAAGGAGCAGUCGGGGCCACAACAGCAGGAAGGAGCAGUCGGUGUCACACACAACAGCAGGAAGGAACAGUCAGCAUCACAACAGCAGGAAGGAGCCGUCGGCGUCACACACAACAGCAAGAAGGAGCCGUCGGCAUCACACAACAGCAAGAAGGAGCAGUCGGCGUCACACAACAAACAGCAGGAAGGAGCAGUCAGCAUCACACACAACAGGAAGGAGCAGUCAGCAUCACAUACAACAGCAGGAAGGAGUAGUCAGCAUCAUGCAACAGCAGGAAGGAGCAGUCGGCAUCACACACAACAGCAGGAAGGAGCAGUCGACGUCACACAACAGCAGGAAGGAGCAGUCAGCAUCACACACAACAGCAGGAAGGAGCAGUCGGUGUCACACACAACAGCAGGAAGGAGCAGUCAGCAUCACACACAACAGCAGGAAGGAGCAGUCGGUGUCACACAACAGCCGGAAGGAGCAGUCAUCGUCACACACAACAGCAGGAAGGAGCAGUCGGUGUCACACACAACAGCAGGAAGGAGCAGUCAGCAUCACACUCACAGAACCUAAAAUUGCUCCCUGCUGGGUUUAGUCCAGUUGUUUGCAAGAACAUUCUGUAAGCAUUGCGUUCUCAUUUCCCUCCAUCCAUGUAAGGAGGUGGAAUGUCGUCUGUCUCAGCCUGCAGCACUCUGCGCCUGUGUGGCCGACCUCUCCUUAAAGCCCCUGUCCACACAGACAGUCCUGGCUCAGGAAGGUGCUGCCUCAGGGUUCUGGGUCUAACCCCAGCCCCUGCUGCUGUGGUUGAGGUUGAGCAGAACCCUCUGGCCCACAUGGAGCGCUGGCCCCCUGUUUCUGUGGAGUAACCCCCGCAUUCUUUGCAGGGUUCAUUUGCAUGCCCAUCUGGGGGGGAAGGGGCCAUGGCCACAACAGGAAGAAACUGCGGGCGUGGCCUGCUUCUGUGCCGCUGCCUCCUUCACCCGGAGGUGCCACAGCCUGAGCUCCUACUCUGAAGAGCUGCUUAUGCAUUAGGUACAAAGCUGUCUGUAGGUAAAGUUCUUUUGUUCAAGAAUUCAUGAGUGGCUGGAAUAUGUAGGCAGAAAUGUCAAUGUGAAGGUUAUUUCUGGGAAGUGGAAUUAUGGGAGGGUUUUUGUUCAUUUGCAUUUUUAACAGUUAGAAGUUACAAGUCAAGGAACAGAUGGGUCUUGUAGAGCCGAGCGAGGAGGGCUAGGUCUCCUGGGCAGACUCAGCCAUCGCCAGGGACCCUCCCUUGGCAGUCCUUUGGGGCUCUUUCAGGUGGAACCCUUUCUCGUCCCCUGUGCACGCAGCGGGUGUUUUCAAAGACAGGAAGGUUUCUUUCUAUUCAUACUGCAAGAUGUAAAUCACCCCCAAAAUAGUACGUUUAUAUGGUAGAAAUGACUAAACCAAGAAAUAUCUCCACAGUUCCAAAGUUUUUUAAGAGGCGAGAAGUUCUUUGGGGUUAGAAACUGAAAGGGCAGGAGGAAGGUGUUGGUUUGGGAGACAACUGUUCAUUCUCUCAGAUGCUUUUAAUAAAAACCAAGUUGUUGAUUAGGAAACACCUCGAUAUUAAGAGAUUUAGAGGAGUCACUUUCCCUGGAACAUUUAUUUUCGCUCUGUCUCAAGUUAGAGCUU